AUGGAGGGUGUUGGAGAUGAUGGUGCAUCAGCGGCUGCAGCUUUGAACAUUAAACCUGCAAAGAGCUUCCAGUAUUACUUAGAUAAAACGACUCCCCAUGUACUCUAUAGGUGGAUUGGAACCACUGUAAUUAUGGCACUCCUUUAUGCUCUUCGUAUUUAUUCUGUUCAUGGAUUCUACUUUGUUACAUAUUUUUUGGGCUUUUACAUAGUCUAUUUGCUGGUUGGUUUCCUGUCGCCUCUUGUUGAUCCUCAGAUGGAACCUUCUGAUGGACCUCUAUUGCCUACUAAAGCUUCAGAUGAGUUCAAGCCUCUCAUUAGUCGCCUUCCGGAGUUUAAAUUCUG